UAUAUAAAGUAGACCAGACCGAAUUAGUCGACAGUACAGUUUCAGGUGUUCAACUUGUUGCUUCUUAAUCUUCACUCAUAGGUUAACGAAAAUGUUUGUUGUUUUUAUCAUGGCAGCAGUUUUGAUUGCUCAGACGCAAUCGGCCGCUAUAGUCUUGCCUACCGAAACAAUAAUUGUCGAGACGGCAGAAAACAAAGACGCCAAAGCUUCGGUUGAUGAAUUCGAUAUUAGCCUUCUGUCUGCCAAUUACACACAGAAAAGUCACGAGAAGGACGUCGAUUUGUACCUUGACACUGCCGUUCAAGUUGAUAAAUUUGGAUGCGGUUCUAGGCUGAUUUGUGAACUGCAUCGAAGAGCUGAAAGUGAAUUGCUUCCCGAAGAAAUUCGCCUUCGUUCAAUGCUUCUCGACCAACCUUUGGCCGUUACCACUGAUGGACCCAAAACUGCCAAAGGUAGAGGAGUGUUCCAGUAUGCGGCGUACAUCGGAUCAACGGCCAAGAACUCAGAAACUUGCAGCCGGGCUUUUGCCCGUUGUCCUUUCGAUUCUGAAACAAUCCUUCUUGUUUUCCGGGCAAUUGAAAAUUACCCAACUCUCAAAUCUCUUGCGCAACCUUUCCCUAAUCAAAGACUUCAAGCACCCAAAGAAACUCAGUCAUCUUAAUUCCGAAUGUUGCAAAUAUCCUGUUUUAGGUUACUCAUUUACUCACGACUCUAUUCAUCAGCAUAUAAAAGGGUCUACGUUUUUUUUUUAUGUUGUCACCAAAUCAAUACAAAUUUUAUUACUA